UUUAAAAGAACACGUGCUUAUGUCCGUGUUUAAGUGCUUUGCUGUCCCACAGUGGGAACACGGGUGGAUGUGUGUGCGGAGCCGGGAGAUGUCCUCCUCCUCCUCGCUACACCUGUGCUGCCGCCUCCUGGACGGACGCGACUCCUUUGCAGCGACUGUGCUAUAAGUGAACGGACAGCUUAUGAGCUCCACUCAAAGCGUGAGAACCACACACAAGGAGCGGGAUGGCGAGCACGGCAGCGGCGCAACUCUGCGCCCUUCUCGCGGCGCUCUUACUGGCGGGGACCGUGUCGGUGCGGGGGAACAGAGGGGCGACAUCGCCCGACGAAGAGCGGGCGACGAAAGAGAGCGACGCCGAGGCGCCAUGUGAGGUGAAAACCGUCACCGUCUCCACUCUGCCCGUGCUCCGCGAGAACGAGUUCAGCUUCACCGGCGGAGCCGCGGGGAACGUGGUCGGAGGAGGGGGCGCUGCUGUUGACGGUGCUGCUGCUGCUGCUGGUGGCGGCGGCGGAGGAGCAGGUGGUCCUGGUGGAGGAGGAACUGGAGGAGGAGCGGGAGGAGGGGGGGAAUCCCGACUCCUGUUAUUCGUUAGAACAGAUCUACCUGGGCGAAUUUCAGUAAUGGAUGAUCUUGACAACACAGCUCUCCCAUACUUCACACUCGAGAUGUCAGGUACAGGUGAAGAUAUUUCUCAAGUGCACUGGAAGCAGCAGUGGUUGGAAAAUGGAACGCUGUUUUUCCAUGUGUCUAUGACUGAGUCUGAGCUUGUAGCUCACACGACACCGCCCGCAGCCCGGGAACCUGCUCAUGUCCUCCAUGAACAUAUGCAUCUGCUGCACAUCUCAGUUAUGGGAGGCCUCAUCGCUCUCCUCCUCCUAAUCCUCCUCUUCACCCUCGUCCUGUAUACUCGCCACCGAUGGUGCAAGCGCCGCCGCAUCCCGCAGAAGAGUGCCAGCACCGAGGCCACUCAUGAGAUCCACUACAUUCCAUCCGUUCUGCUGGGCCCUCAGGGCCGCGACAACUACCGGAGCUCCCGGAACACUCACCAGCACGGCAGCUCCGUUAUCGGCAUGCCCAUUCGCGAGACGCCCAUUCUCGACGAUUACGACUGCGAUGAGGAUGACCAGGGAGGACACUCGCUUAACUCCACGCCCAACCAACACCACAUCAAGCUAAAUGACGGAAAGCUGAAGGAGGACUACGGCGUGAACAUCGGCGUCGGAGGGCACACGGACAUAAUGUGCAAGGACGACGACCUGAAGCAUAAUUUCGAUCAGCGAGCCAUCGACCCAAACACCGAAUCCGUGGAGGAUUUGAUGCAGAGGUUCCAGGACAGCUUCCGUGUUCCCAACACACCGACAAACAUGUCCCACUACCAGCACGUGGUCCACAGCUCCUCAACUGGCCGCCGCAGGGUCCCCAGCCACACCAGAGCGACUGGAGGGGUGUUUGGUCCUCAAGGAGAAUCGGGGUCGGAGCCUGAAGAUGACGGCCAAAUGAAGUUUUACACAGAACAACACAGAGGACGAAGACGCGGCAAAGGCCACCCACACAGUCCUCUAAAUAAGGUCACCCUGACGCUGAUUACCAUCAGCACGUGUGUCAUUGCCAUUGUCUACGCUACGCAGGAAUCCUGCCCUCUCACUGUCAAGGUUACCCUCCAUGUGCCUGAGCAUUUUGUUGCGGACGGAAGUAGUUUUGUGGUCAGCAUGGGAAGCUUCUUGGAUGUUUCUAAUUGGCUAAACCCGGCCAAGCUUACCCUCUACUAUCAGACCAACUCAUCCACACAGUGGGUGCAGGACUUCUGUGGCCAGAGGACGACUGAGCCCUGCGAACAGAUUUGCGAUCAAGACACAGGAGAAUGUAGCUGUCACGAGGGUUUUUCCCCCGAUCCUGUCCAUAAACACCUUUGCCUCCGCAGCGACUGGGGUCGCAACGAAGGUCCAUGGCCGUACGCUAACUUGGAGAAAGGCUAUGACCUAGUUACAGGACAGCAGGCCCCAGAGAGGAUCUUCAGAUCAAUCUACAGUCUGGGCCAAGGCUUGUGGCUGCCAGUCAGCAAGAGUUUCGUGGUGCCACCAGUGGAGCUGUCAAUCAACCCCAUCGCCAGCUGUAAAACAGACGUGUUGGUUUCUGAAGAUCCGGGGGAGGUCAGGGAGGAGGCCAUGAUGUCCACUUACUUUGAAACAGUAGAUGACCUGCUGGCGUCAUUCGGGCCGGUCCGAGACUGCUCCAAAGAUAACGGCGGCUGCAAGAAGAACUUCAAGUGUGUGUCCGACAGACAGUUGGACUCAUCUGGCUGCAUGUGUCCUGGGGGGCUGAGGCCAAUGAAAGAUGGCUCAGGUUGCUAUGACUACUCCAUGGGCAUUGACUGCACGGAUGGCUUCAAUGGAGGCUGCGAACAGCUGUGUCUUCAGCAGCUUGUGCCCCUUGAAGAUGACCCGAGUUCCAGCAAUGUGCUUAUGUUUUGUGGGUGUGUGCAGGAGUACAAACUUGCAGGGGACGGACGCUCCUGCCUCCUGCAGUCGGACAACUGCGAGGGACCAAAAUGCUCAAGGCAGGAUGUCCACUUCAAUGACACCCUGUUUGGGGAGAUGCUGCGUGGAUAUAACAACAAAACCCAGCAAGUCAACCUGGGACAGAUAUUCCAAAUGACAUUCCGGGACAACAAUUUCAUUAAGGACUUUCCCCAGCUAGCCGACGGUCUCAUGGUCAUCCCUUUGCCUGUAGAGGAGCAAUGUCGCGGUGUCUUGUCAGAACCCCAGCCCAACCUGCAGCUCCUCUCAGGCGAUGCCCAGUUCAAUGAAGCAGUGGGCUAUCCGAUGAUUCAACAGUGGAGAGUGCGCAGCAAUCUGUACAAAGUCAAACUCAGCUCCAUUACCUUAUCUACAGGCUUUUCCAAAGUGCUGAAGACACUGUCAGCAGACAGCACACGGGACGAGUUGCUGGCAUUUCUCCAGGAAUACGGCAGCCACUAUGUGUCUGAGGCCCUGUAUGGCUCUGAGCUCAGCUGCAGCAUCUACUUCCCCAGCAAGAAGUCCCAGCAGCAGCUCUGGCUGCAGUACCAGAAAGAGGCAACAGACCAAGGGAUUGGAGGCGGCGGGCGGCGAGAGCUUAAGUCUGUAACGUUCAUCAGCUACCUGUCUGCACUGCAGAAAAGCCAGCUUUUGUCUGAUGACAUGGUAAAUGGGGUGGAGAUCCGCUGUGAGGAGAAGGGAAGUUGCCCAACUGGCUGCCACCUGUGCCAUCACCAGGCCAUGGUGUCAGGAAGAGGCCGCAGUGGUAAUGGCAAAGGCGGAGAGCAGCCUUCCCCCAUUCCUGUGCUGCUGGAAGUCAGCCGUGUGGUGCCCCUCUAUAGUCUGGUCCAAGACAACGUCACCAAAGAGGCCUUCAAAAGCGCCACAAUGAGCUCAUACUGGUGUGCUGGAAAGGGCGAUGUCAUUGAUAACUGGUGUCGCUGUGACCUGAGUGCCUUCAGCAAAGAUGGCCUGCCUAACUGCAGUCCCCUCAGGAAGCCAAUUUUGCGCCUAGCCCCUUAUCUGGAGCCCUCAAGCACAAUGGUGGCCCUGGAGUGGAUGGAUGUGGAGCCUCUGAUUGGGUGCAAGAUUUCUGACUAUAUCAUCCAGCACAAACGAGUGGACGACCCCAUGGAGGCAGAGGUCUACACAGGUGAGGUUCUGAGUUUGAUGGACGAUCUGUUCUCUGGUCUGGGCUCGUCCUGUGUUGUUGCCGGCAGGAGAAGUGGAGACCGUCCUCACUCUGUGCUUUAUUCCGUGGUCUUCAAGUGCCUGGAACCCGACAGUCUGUACAAGUUUACUCUCAAUGCAGUGGAUAGCCGAGGCAGUCACUCCGAAUCAAGCUUCGUCUCUGUACGGACAUCCUGUCCGAUGGUGGAUGACAGCCGGGCUGAAGAGGUUGCAGACAAGGUGUACAACUUGUACAAUGGCUACACCAGUGGUAAGGAGCAGCAGAUGGCCUACAACACACUGAUGGAGGUCUCGCCACCCCUGCUCUACAGAGUACAGCAUCACUACAACUCCCACUACGAGAAGUUUGGGGACUUUGUGUGGCGCAGUGAGGAUGAGCUGGGUCCCAGAAAAGCCAACCUGAUACUUCGCAGAGUGGAGAAGAUCAGCCACUACUGUCGCUCGCUCCUGCGCAGCACCCACAUCCAGAGCCGCACCGACACCAUGGCGUACGUCUUCUGUCGGAGCGAAGAGGGCCGACCUCCGGGGAACUUAAGGCACGGCUCCUUGCACGAAAGACGCGCCUCCUGCAUGGAGAAGCUCAUUUCGGUACAGCGCAACACAUACAGCAACACCAAACUCCGAUGAGACGAGAGCUCGGACGUGAUCGGCGCGUCUUUCUCCUUGCAAAAUGACAUCAUCGAUUGAUGUACUCGGUCACGCCGCUCUGCAGCAGGUGUCGCUCGAGUGACUGGUACAUUUUGAAAACCAGGAGAGCCCCAUCCCCCCCUCCCUCCCCCACCCCCCCAAAAAAAAAAUCUCCCACAAAAUUCACUGGACAUUGUGGUAAAGCUACCGAAAAAAACAUAUUUUUGUGUGGCCUACUUUUAUUAUAAGACGAGAAGAUUUGAGAAAUAAAAGAAGAAAUAUAUGGAGUGAUCAUUAUGUCUCAAAUGCAAAAUGCCAGUGAUUGCACAUAUCAAGGAGAGACUGCAGUGUGGACAUGUUAAAUAUCAUCCAGCCAAGAGAAACUGCUUGGCUUAAGUACUUCGAAUGUAUUAUUGUAGUUCCUUUUUGGUGCUUUGAGGCUUAUUUGGAACACAUAACAGUAGGGGGGGGAAUCAAUAGCAUAACUUAUUUGCCUUUACUACCUUCAUUUGAAAGGUGAAACUCAAAUGUGUUAAAGCCAUUUUGAAAUCACUCACUUGUUUUCAAGUUUACAUGACAUAGAAUUAAAAAAAAAAAAAAAAAAAAAAUCUCCAUAAAUUCAAUUCUGUGAGGAAUCUUUGUAGUGACUAGUCUUGUAUUACAUUUGAUGGACACAACUGAAGUUGCAAGGCUUUGUGUGAUGACAGGAUCGAUAAAACGGGCCCUGUUGAAAUUAUGCAAAGACUUAUUCAUAGAAAUUAAAUUUAACGCUGACAUCGAAAGGGGAUAAGUAUUGUAAUUGUCAUGCAAACGCAGUUUUUCUGACUGCAUUUUUAGAACGUUUCUGUCUCGGCCGAAGAAAAAUAUUUAUUAAAAAUAGACAGCUGAACCAAUGGUAACAAUGUGAGGUAGUGAAACGUGAGGAAUCACUGAUUGUAAGGUCACCUGUGCUCCUUUUAAUACACUUGUUUUCCAGGCCAGUGUCAUAACUUUAAAGCCAUGGAUAUUGUGUUAACGAAAAACAAUGCCUUUUUUUGUCUCAAUAUUUUCAUCUCAUGUUAAAUGAAUUGUAAUAAUAAAUAUGAUAUUGUACAUUUUAAAUUGCAAAACAAACAAACAAAAAAAAAAACAGACACCUGUAUCAUGUGGCU